AUGCUUCCCCAACGAAUCGCGAGAGCUUCGGCUCUCCGAUCAGCAUCGCUAGUAGCGCGAAGGCUACCUAUCGUUCAACAACGCACAUUUCUUCCGCGAUCAUACACCGACCCCGCCGUCCUCGAAGAGAAGUAUCCCGAGAAUCCAACUCUCACAGAAGCGGAAGACCCGGGCCAGAACGGCGGCUACAUCAAUCCCCCGGCAAUCAAGAGACAGUUCCGCGAUCCGCACGGUGACUGGUGGGACAAGCAGGAGAGGCGCAACUUCGGCGAGCCUGUUCAUGAGGACAAUGAUCUUCUAGGCAUCUUUUCUCCCUACGAAUACACCUGGAUCUCGCCAGGUAAAGGAUUAUUGCAGGUUGGCGCAUUCAUUGCUACCGUCGUAGGAGUAUGUUGGGUUGUUGGACGAUUAUAUCCCGACAAGCAGUCUUUCCCCCGGGAGUUUGAGGGUGGCUUAGAUCGUGAAUUGGGUGGCGCCGGUGCACUGAGAGCAAGAGCUCCUGGCGACCCAGAGCCAUACCAAGUUGAGGAAGAAUAA